AUGCAGCACAAUCAAGCCGAGCAGCGAGUCAUGUUCAAAGCUGCCCUCCAAGAAGCCGAUGCUCAGGAAGGGGCGGAGUGCAACCUCCAGGUUGCCGCGGACAAGCUCCUCAUCAUUCUUCAGCAGAUCAUUGCCUAUAAUAGAGACAGUGGUGGCCCUGCCUAUGAGAAGGAUUCGAAAACGGCUGGCAAGAAUCCGUCGCAAAUGCCGCUCCUCACAACGCUUAUCCUCGACUACGAUGGCACCAUCACUCAAAAGGACACCCUCCAUCUCCUUAGCGCCGUGGCCUGUGCUCCGUGCACCUGCUCCUCCCCAGGAAACCGACCACCGUCCUCGCCACCGAACGAAGUAUGCGCCUGCAAGCGGCAACACCAACAAUGGGACGCUCUGGUCUCGCAAUACCUCGACGAUUACGAACGUACCGCCGCGUUAGCUACAUUGCAAACGAACCCAAGCGCCAACUCCACGGCAACGAUUUCAGGCUCACCCUCAGCGUUGACAGACUACCUGCAAUCAUUCACACCUGUCGAGUCCGCCUCCAUCGCCCGCGUCGCGGCUUCACGGGUGCUUGCCGGUGCCACGCGCGCGGCGAUGCGGCAGGCGGGGGCGAGUGUGGAGACGCGGGAGGGGUGGUGGGAUGUCGUGGAGGUGUUCAGAUCUGCGGGAAAGGAUGUGGUUGUGUGUUCUGUGAAUUGGUCCGACGAUCUGAUAAAGGGGACUGUUGAUGCCGCCGCGGGGGGGAGCGAAGGUGAUGUGAUGGUCAUUUCGAACAGUCUGGUUUUCGAGGCGGGGGACAAGGAUCGCGGGGAAGUGUCGACGGGGCUGAUCAGGCAGGUGUGCGUUACGGGGGUGGACAAACUGCAUCGGGUCGCUGAAUACAUGGCAGCGAGACACUUUGAUGGGCAGGACCCCACCACUGCAGACCGCACCGGUGCCACCCACCUACGUACCGCCGUCGCAAUCGGCGACAGUGUCUCGGACCUCCCGCUGCUCACGCACGCUGGGCUCGGCAUCCUCAUCCAGCCGUCCGCGUCCGUCGCGUCCGCGUGUGAGCGGUUUGGGAUUCCUGUGCGGCCUUUGACCACGUUGAUGGGCGGUGCCAGGACGGGCGAGGGAGGGGAUGGGGAGGACGGGUGGGAAUGGGGAACGGUGCAUGUUGCGGAGGACGGAUGGAAGGAGAUCCGCGGGGUUUUGGAGAGGAUGAUGGAAUGA